AUGAUGCUUCCGUAUGCAGUACUAAUAGCCAUUUUAGGCCUUUCCGUCUCGCAUGGUUUUGUUCUCCAACCAUGGGCUGGAAAUACUGGCUGCAAUGAUCCAAAAUAUUGGUGCCAGAGUAUUGAAACUGCAAAGGAGUGUGAGGUGCUAGAGUACUGCCAAAUUGGAUGGGAGAGGAGCCAAACGAAAGACCAGACUGGAAAUAUUGGUAUCAGAAGCCCAAAACCAGAUGCAUCACCAGUUAAAGUUACCCUUUACUACGAAUCUUUGUGCCCUGACUGCAGGCAGUUCAUCUUGGAUCAGUGGUUCUCAGCAUUCACCAAAUUAUACAGUUCUGGCAUUUUGGAUGUUGAUUUAGUUCCAUAUGGUAAUGCAAGGGAAUACCAGUAUGGUGGACAAUGGAUAUUUUACUGCCAGCAUGGUGCAAAUGAAUGCCUUGGAAAUUUGAUUGAGACUUGUGCCAUCCAUGCUGCUGGUAAUGCUUCUGUUUAUGCCCCAUUUAUUCACUGCAUGGAAUAUUAUGGACCAACAACAAGCAAUUUGCAAUAUUGUGCCACCACAAGCCAUAUGGAUUAUGCUACUAUCAACAGCUGUGUACAGGGUAGCCUUGGAAAUCAAUUGCAGCAUCAGAUGGCAUUGAAAACGGACGCUUUAAACCCACCGCAUCAGUAUGUGCCGUGGAUAACGGUCAACGGGGUGCAUACAGAUCAAAUACAGAACGCAGUACAAACAAACAUGUUGGGAUAUGUUUGCUCCAUGUACCAAGGCACAAAGCCAGCAGUUUGCUCCAGCAAAACCGUUAAACGUGCCAAGGUUUGCUACAAAGACUGAAUUUUGCAAAAUCGUUGUUAUUUAAUUUUUUUGAUAUAAAAAUGAAACCUGAUGUGAAUAAUUUUCGAAGAAAUGUUCCCGCUUCCCUUGUAUUAAAUUGUGUAGGUAUAAAACACAUGAAGUACUAUUCUCAAAUAA